CGGUGUUGUGCUGUGUAUGGUGUUAACCGUGUUAUAACUCUAUGGUUUGUAUUCUUCUGAACGCACAUACCGGUACACAGAAUGAAGUAACUUGGACUUGGUUGGACGGACGAGCUUGGUCUGAUCUUGGGUCUUGAUUGCAUUGCUGGGGGAAAAAUCUGACAAAUUCCUGGUCCCGAGGCGCGGCUCCUAUAUAAUAAAGGUGGUUCCAAUUUGUACCCUGUAACUGAAGUCGAAGAUAACUAACACAUAGCCACCAUGAUGGGGGAUGAUGAAGCCCGAGAGGUGACAUGCUGCUACUCCUCAGGCAAGGCACCAAGGAUAAAGGAAACAGGAUUAGAUGUCAAAGAUGCAGAGCCAGAUCAGAAGAAUCGAUUGUCUCGAUUCUGCGAGGUAUUUGGGAAGAUCGCCCUCAUCGUCGGUGGAUUCAUCAUCUUCUUGGGAGCGCUGCGGAACACCCUCACGUACUAUCUUCAGAUGUUAUGGGGCGUGUCAGGCGAUUUUUGGAUGAGGCAAUGGGGGAAGGUCUGUGAUGUCUUUGAAGAGGACAGAUUGAAUAUCUCAUUGGCUAUGUUUGUGGCCAUCAUCGUCCAGUAUUGGCUCGUAUGUGCUUUUUUCCUGAUCGUCGAUCUCACAAGACCAUCGUUCAUCAUCAAAUAUAAGAUACAGCCAACUCAAAAUGACCCUAUACCAGAAGGUAAACUGCGCAAGGCCGUGCUGACCGUCAUCGCCAACCAGACUCUGGUUACAUUCCCUAUAGCAUUUGGUCUGUACCACUUCAUGGGAUGGAGGGGAUGUGGCGUCGGUCCUGCAGAUCUACCGUCCUUCCAAUGGGUCAUGCUUGAGCUCUUUGUGUUCCUCAUCGUCGAGGAGAUUGGCUUCUACUACUCCCACAGAUUGUCCCACCAUCCAAAGCUUUACAAGUACGUCCACAAGAAGCACCACGAGUGGGUUGCGCCCAUCAGCGUGGUGGCCAUCUACGCCCAUCCCAUCGAGCACAUCUUCUCCAACACCCUCCCCGUGAUCCUCGGCCCCAUGAUCAUGGGCUCCCACGUCGCGACCCUCACCAUGUGGACCAUGCUGGCCCAGGCCUCGGCCAUCAAUUCCCACUGCGGGUACCAUCUGCCCCUCUUGCCGUCCCCGGAGGCCCAUGACUUCCACCAUCUAAAGUUUACCAACAACUAUGGGACGCUUGGCAUCCUAGACCGCCUCCACGGUACGGACGAGAUGUUCCGCAAGACCAAGCCCUACCUGCGUCACUUUCUUCUCCUAGGACUUACCCCAGUCACCCAGACUUACCCCGAUGACCCCAAGUGCAGGGAUCUACCCUGUGACAAGGAUGAAUAACCAGGGGUGACCCCCACCUCUUCCCCGGAAUCCCCCCCCAACAUAUAUGACCUGCCACCCACCCCUAAACCAACAAUAAGUUGCCCAAAAUGAAUUUUGAGAUUUUUAUUGAACUUGUAAAGCACACCCAAGC